GUAUCGCCAUGUUGGUUUUCUGCGAUGAGAGCCCUAUCAAAAUAUUUUAGUGGUAGCUCUUCAUGCAUCCAAUGUUUUGGUAAAGGGAUCGAGGAAUUAAUAUCUUGAUUCGUCAAAGUGUUUUAUUAUCUUAAUCAUGAGCGCGUCAGACGACAAGAAACUUAAGAGGAAGAAAAACAAGAGAAGCUCAGUUGCCAAGUCAAAGUCACAAAACUUGAGUCAAGCAACAUGUCAAAAUAUUCCAAGUCCUGUUGACUUGACUGUUCCUUCCACCAGAGACCUAUUAUCGUCAUCCAUCGAUUCAGAGACAUUUAAGAAGCUAGAGAAGCUGAUGGAUGCCAAGGAUGACCCAGAGUUGCCACAGAUCCUGUCUCUCUCACGGGGGCCAAACCCCUACUUAGACAAGGAGCGAUGCCUUUUGUGUGGUUGUGAGCGCCUUGAUCCUCCUGAAGCUGCUGUUCUCAAGUCCCAAUCCAGUGAGAAAAAGACAGAGCUGAAUUCCUUGGCUCAGCUUCCAUUGUGGGUGUGUCCAGACUGCAGAAAGUCAACAGAUCAAGAGAUGGAAAAGAAAGUUAACCUAGCAUCCCUCAUGGAACAAGAUCUUCCACCAGAGCCAGCAACCCUGCCAUUUCUAUCAGACACCAACUUCGGUAUAGGGGAACCUACCACACCUAAUGGCUCUAUGUGUAACUGUGAAGCUUGUACUGAGAGGAGGGAGAUUGAAGCAGAGCAUGACAGAGAGACUCAAGAACUUCAGACAUGCUGGACAGUACUGCGAAAUCUGAUCCGUAAACUUUACAGUGAGAGGGAGGACUGCAGCGUUAGUAGCUCAACAGAUAUUUCUUCCGAAAGUAGCCAUGAUAGCAAUGACUGUGAUGAUACUCAACUUCCUGAUGAGGAACAGGCAAAAGAACUUGUUCACAGGUUAUGUAGCCGAGAUCCUCAUCAGUUGUUCUUACGACUGGAGUCACAAGUCCGUGAGUUUGUGAUAGAAAUGAAAGUGCGCUUGUUGAAACAGUUACAUAGUGGUUACAAAACGCCACCAGAAGCCAAGACCUUCAUCUCUAUGUUACUGGACGAGUAUGGACAUCUCUGUCAUGUCUCGCGCAAAAUGGCUGAGGUCCUCACAGAACUGAAAACGGACCACUUAGCCAAAUUUAAUGUGACAUGGGAGCUACACAACAAACACCUGUUCCAAUCCAUAGCCUAUACAGAACCUUCUAUACAGAGCAGUCUCCAUUCCAUCAUCACACAACUUCGACUUGGAGCAGCCUCCAAAGAGUCUUAUAAUGAAGACACUUACCCAAACUUGUUACACCGCUAUCUCAAGUUUGAUGAUGAAAUGUCUGUGAUAUCUGUGGUGUGGAGAGACAGUCACCAGCUUAUAGAACAAUACAAUGAGGAACAGUCUGCCCUGAAACUAAAACAGAAAAUGCUAAAAGAAGACUGGGAGUUUUUCAAAGCACAAAGAAAAAUUCUGGAGCAACAGGUUGCAAAAAAUACAAAAACACCUUUAUCUCACAGUAAUACCAAAAGCUUCGAAGACCAGUUCACAGAAACUAUGAGACUGAUGCUGCAGGGAACUAAACCGGCUCCAGAAGAGUGUCAUUGUUCUAGGUGUAACCGGAAACGGUGUCCUUGUGAUGAAUGCACAAUAACACAUAUGAUUACAUGUGGAAUUAUAAAUCCUGAGGCAUUAGAAGCAACUGAUAACUCAAAUCAUGUCAAUUUCCUCCACGACCCUAAUCGAUAUCGUAUUGAUGUAAGUCCACCAUCCAUGUCAAGUACUACAUCCAGUAGUGGCUCCUCAAGUCCCGUCAUGGUCGAACCUGUUCCCUUCCCAGACCUGGAGGAAAACUUCAUAAAUGGAGAAGAUAUUCCUGAGGAGAUUGAAGGCAUAAGUCAGUCAGGUGAUCUUGAUGAGGAAAAUGUUGAUGACGAUGAUGAUGACGAUGAUGGGGAAGAAGAGGAGUAUGAUGAAGAUGACGAUGAUGAUGAUGAUUGUGAAGAUGAUGAGGAAGAUGAAGAUUGUGAAGAAGAUGAAGAAGAAGAAAAAAUGGAGGAAGACCUUGACAUCGAUAACAUUAAGAUGGACCAAGAGUCUGUGAAUCUGUCACCGCCAACCUGGUUAACAGAUUCAGACGAUGGUGCAGCUGAUCUGAUCAGCUCUGAAACUUGUGACUGUUACCACUGUGUGUCUCAGGCUCAAGCAGAACAAAUCGUAAAAUCAGAAGAGAGCCUCUGUCAGUGCUAUGUUUGUUUGCGGCAAAGAGGUAAAACUGUAUCAACUUCUUUGCCAACGCAAAUGCCUAGUGUGCCAACAAGACCAGGAGAAUUCCACUUAUAUCCUCACAUACAUGGUUCAACAGGGCUGCCUCAUGGGCUAUCAAACAGAUCCCACAUACGACCAGUGUUGCAGCCUCAGUUAUAUGACCUCCAUCUACCCAUGAGGCAGCCUAAACCCAUCAUUCAACCCAAAGUUCCACUCAAACUGGACUUUGAUUCACCCGAUGGAAUUCAUGAACAUAUUUAUCAUGCGUAUGGUGAAUGGGACAAUACAUACGAUACGAGGGGUUUGCUUCCCAAAUAUGAGCUUGGUAGUGAGUUAUUGCCUCCUCCACCCCUAACCAGUAAUUUUACUACCAGUUUCCUCUCUGAGCCUUACACCAUGGCCACCCUAAUGGGCGUUGAUACAGUAUCCACAUCCACACCCAGUACAAGUGCUUUCAAAACGUCCAUGAGCAAUAGUCAUGCCCCAGCUCCGGCACAGGUGUUUUUGGAUAGUAAGAUACAAAUGUCUACAUCCAAGGACUUCAAUAGUUCUCCAGUUGUACCAACAAUGACAAGCAAAACCAUGUCUCCUCCUUGUACUCGACCAGCAACUUUAGGAGGUAACAAUAACCAGUCUGUCUUACAACCUCCUCCUUCAUCGAUACCCAUGUCACAGCCUCAAAUACAGCCCCGCCCACCAGGGCCUGUACAAGAUAAACCUCACCCCCAGCACUGUAAGAGGCACAAUCUCCUUGGCAAGGCUCUUACCAGCUCCCAGUCUCACAACCACACAAGCGCUACUACCACUUCCUCGACUAACAAGGUUUCUCAGGAUUUUAUACAGACGGCGGCAAGAAACAUUCGAGAAGGUGCCAAAGAAGGCAUGCAGAUGAUUCGCCAAUUUGCCAGUAGUUUGAAUGCAAAUGUGAAUACUCCGAUUACUCACACAUGUAAUCACACAUCCUCUCGUAAUAACAUUGGUGGGCAUACACAUGCAGCCAAUUGUACCAUGGACCAUAACCAUGUGACGGCGUGUCAGAACUCAAUUUCGAUGCCCACCGCUGUGAACAAUGUGAGUGUUGGCACAUCCACUGUGUGUAUAGAGCCUGACUGUGAUGUCCAUUUUGAUGAUGCCUGUGAUAGUGUUAGUGAUAGCUGUUCUGAGCAGAGUUCUACCACCUCAAGUUCGAACCAAAAGGAAGGCAAAUACUGUGACUGCUGCUAUUGUGAGUUCUUCGGGCAUGGCAAUCCUCCUGUUGCUCCAACCAGCAAGAAUUAUGCAGAAAUGAGGGAUCGGUUACGGUUACGCCUGAAGAAAAAGAAUGAAGCUAAGCAAGAAUGUCACAAAGAUACCUGUGCUAACAAACGAGAAAUUCCAAAGUUAGAACCAGAUGCUUGCACCAGUUUUGUAACUAAUCAUGAAGAUGACUCCAAAGAUCCAAUGGAGUUGAAGGGCCUUGAUGAGUUGAUACGGUUCAUCAAUGGCACAGAAGACCAGAAACUUGGUGCUGACAAGUCAGUGACUGCUAAAGCUGCCAAGAGAGCUCGACAGAAACAGCGAAAGAUUGAGGAGAAAGCUCGAAUAGAAGCAGAAAAGAAACACCAAGAACAACAGAGACUUUUUCAGGAGGAACAAGAAAGACUCAAGAAAAAUAAACUUAAUGCUGCUAGGCUCGAACUGGAGAAAUCUCAAAAGAAGAAAAAGAAAAAACAGAAAGUGGUUCCAGAGGAUAAAAACUCAGCUUGCAGUGAAGAUGGUAAUAUAAAUUUGAACCUUAUACGAAUACCUCCAGCUGGUCGGGAAGAUGAAAGGCAAUCAAGUGCUAGGCAAAGUGAUUCUAAGUCCAAAGGUCGCGAGUCAGGGGAACAGAGCCCCAGUAGUCAGUCAAAUGGGAAAAUCUCAGAGGAGAGUUCAGCAGGAACAAAACCUAUCAAAGGAAGAACAAAAUCUCCAAGAAUUAGUGACAAACAACAGCCAGCAAUGGUUCAAACUGUACAUGCCCAGCAGGAACCUAAGGCAGACAAAAAGUCUGUGAAAAUUUCCAGUCAUAAUUCUCAGACUUCCAAGGCAUCUUCUAGUGUUUCUAAAUCUGUUUCAAGUAAAACUUCAGUACCUCAAAUCCCUCAAACUUCCAAACAACAACCUAAUGGAACCAUCACUACUACAAAUCCCUUAGCUAGUGGUCGCACAACACAGGGCAAGGAAAAUAGCAAGAACAUUCACGACAGUCAGCUCCAUAAUGGUACAUGUGUACAGAUCAAAUUUGAAGAUCUACAGCAGAAUGGUACCAACAGAAAGGGCAAGAAGCAAACAGGAUCACUUCACUCUUCAGGUCCAUCUGGGCAACACUCCAACAGUCAACACCAUUCAAAUUCCAAUCAAGUGAUAACUAAACAGUCAGGACAACCAGUCAACAUGCAAAAUAGAUCUCACUCACAACAGUUGACCACGAAACAGUCAGCACAACCAGUCGCAAGUCAAAAUCAGUCUCAUUCUCAACAACCAACCACCAAACAGUCGGUACAACCAGUCAAGGGUCAGAAUCAUGCAAACUCCCAACAGACGACCACCAAACAGUCUGGUAUGAAACAUGGUCUUCCCCAGGAUCAGCAGCGGAAGGCUACAGCUCAGCAACAAGCCAUGACCCCUCCAAAAGGUCACCUACACAAUGGGGUUAUUAUCAAUCCACCAAACAAGAGAGACAAUUCUCUGAACCAUCAGUCCUACCCAAACAGUAUGAUGGGUAAACAAUCUACAAGCAACGACAGAAAGCACGGCAAGCCUGCAUCCCCAGUGGACAGAUUAGAAGAGACCGAAGAUACGUCCCCAAACAGUGAACAGAACAAGAACAGUAGUGGAAAGAAUAAGAGGAACAAGAAAAAGAACCGCGGAAGUGAAGAUCUCAGUAUGAUUGAUGAAAUAUUUAUGCCCAAGUCAGAAUCAGAUCUGGAAGGUGGCGAUAUGGACGAGAAUGAAAAAGAAGUUGAGGAAUUUAAAAGAUUCUGUCUUGGCUCGACCCCUGUCAAAAGAGAAAAACUACAAGUUAACAUGAAUCUAAAAGACAUCUUUGUGAAGAAGAAAUCUGGUCUGGGAUGUACCUAAUGAGAAGUGGCUGUCAAUUGCUUAACUACAGAUGCUGAUAUGACUUUUGACCAGUAAUUUCCCAACAGCUAGUCAGCUUGGAGUGUGUUGAAUGAAGGCUUGCCAUGUGACCAACAGCAGUUGUUACCAAAUAGACAGACAUCUUGAGAUAAAGAAGGCCACAAUUAUAAGUUAUAAGACAUUUCACACCUGAAUAAAAUAUAAGAAUUCUUUUACAAUUAAAUAGACAUUUCCAGUCCACCAUUUACGUGAAUUUUACUUCUAUAUGAAACACUACUGCUUUAAAAGAAAAAGAGAAUUAUAGUACUGGGUUCUUAUGGUUAAUAUACCAAGCCAAUUGCCAAUAUCAGACUCUAUUUGAGCUUCCUAGAACAGGGAUGUGCAAGUGUGGUCAGCAAAUGUGGUCUACAAACCCUUUUGCCGAUUAUUUCCUUCCUUGAUCUUUACAUGAAGUUUUAAUGUAGUAAAUGUUGAUGAGAUAUCGCUAGACUGUUGUUCACCACUACUUUCAGAGUAUUACUAGACUGUCAAUAUUCUUUUGGACUUCAUACAAAUAGAUGUAUCAGUAAGAAGGAAACUAAGCUCAAAACAUCAAUUUUAUCCUGAAUAAUUUUUUUGCUUUGGUAAGAAAAUGUUUGCAUUUCAUUUUUUUUUCUGUUGUCAACUGUUUUCCAAAGUAAGAUUUAAUCUGAGGUCUUAAUUUUAUUUAGAACUCUCAAAAUGAAGGUAAAUUUUAAUUACCAAAUAUUUUACGAAAUAGACAAAUCCCAUUUUAAACGAGAUUGAAAGCUUGGUCAACUAUGUGCACAUUUUAGACACCCACAGUACAUUUCACUAUGUGCACACAAGUAAUUUUAAAAUGUAUAUGGAGUAGAACCACUGCCAUAAAAUGGUAGAGCUGCUGUGAUGUACAAAAUUUGCUUUCAAUGCAUGGUAUCUUUCAGUUUUUGUUGCUGAUAAGUAGUAUUUAUUAUGAGGUCUUUGUUGAGUGCUUUUUAUAAUGUGGUUAUAAGUCCAGCAUUUCUAUGCAAAACAAACAUUAAUAUCUUUGCUGUACAUAUAUAUGUUAUCUGUUGAUCUGGUCAAUGUGCUGUACAGCAAUAGAAGGAAUAUUUGUGUGAUAUUGCAUACACUAUAUUAGUUGCUAUAAGUUGAAUGUUUACACUUAAGUUUUAAAGUAACAUUUUUCACAUUAGCUCAAGUGUAAUGCAGGAUAAGAUUUGUAGCAGUGAUUAGGUAGCAAUACAGACCAAUAAGGUAGUGUAAUGUUCAAUUAAUUGUACAACUGCAACAUUUUAAACAAUGUCUUUAAAAUAUUUAAAAUGAUUGCAUGAUUUUUCCCCCCCUUAAGACAUUUCACAUUUGAUAUUUACAUACAUGUUACAUUUCAAUUAUGAUCAAACAUAAAUUGUAUCUUUAACUUUUACGGAAUGCCUUGCACAAUGUAUGACUUGGGCCAUAGUGAUGUAUGGUAUUGUCUCCGCUAUUGGAGAAUAUGACUGUCUUUUGAUAACUUGUCUUACCUACCCCUGGGGACGAGUUCUCCGUGUAUGAGGGUGGCCAGACUUGCUGUCUUGGCCAGCCCUAAUUAAGCUGCUGUACCUUCCUUUAUUUUAUUGUCCUCCAUUUUGUUUUGUGUUAUGAUAUUACUGAGGGAAGCCAAUUGCCCCAUUGCAUUGUGAUGAGACGCCAUUUGUGACAUGCGACUUUGAAUGGACUUGUUUUGUUAGCCUAUAACCUGUGUAUGCUGACCUGAACAUAACAGUGAGGAAUAAAUGAAAAAUUACUUUUA